ACAGCACAGCACAGAGCCACGGCGCUGCGUUGACAGCACUGGUCUACUACGCGGGACUCUGCUCUCUGCGCCUCCAUAAGGAGUAAAAGGGGAAAUUGGGACAAGCAGCGCCCACUGCAGUCAGAGCAGGGAGAGAUUUUAGAAGCCCGUUUGGACUGAAUAUCGCGAACAGACUCGAGCGUAUACGUGCCAAGUGUCGGAAGUGAAGUGUGCCGAUUGAAGUUCGAAGGAGUCCAGGAGCCAGGAGUUGAACCGCCGCCAGAAUAAAGGUUCUGAUCAUGUUCCAGAGACGACCAGAGAGUUCCGUCUCCCAACACUGAGGAGGCCAUGCAGAGCAGCAGAGACUAUCACCUUUGUGGUUGCCGUGCAACCGAGACUGAGUAACUCCGCCCCUGGCCCACUGCUUAGCCCCGUCCCCUGUUCUGGAACACCCGUGUGAUCGACAGCUGUGGUUGCCAUGGCAUCGGAGCUGGACAGCAGUCUGACCUCCAUGGACUGGCUACCUCAACUGAGCAUGAGAGCAGCAGCACUGCAGAAAUGUGAUGGAGGACGAGGUAGGAAGGCUGUGUCAGGCGACCCCCCCACCCCGACGGCCCCCGGUGACCAUGGCGACGGUGAUCAGCAUCAUCAGCAGCGCGACGGGAAGCCUCCCUACAGCUACGCAUCCCUCAUCACAUACGCCAUCAACUCAUCACCGCGGCAACGCAUGACGCUCAGCGACAUAUACACCUGGAUCACACACCACUUCCCCUACUACAGGGAGGCAGGCAGCGGCUGGAAGAACUCCAUCAGGCAUAAUCUGUCGCUGAAUAAGUGUUUCCUCAAAGUUCCUCGAUCAAAAGACGACCCAGGAAAGGGAUCCUACUGGGCCAUUGAUACAAACCCAAAAGACGACUCUCUGCCAACACGACCGAAGAAGAGGCCUCGAUCAGGAGAGAGGGGGCCCCACCUGAUCCUAGAAUCGCCAGCGUCGUUACUUGCCUCUACCCCCUACAGUGUGGACUCUGAUGGAGGAGUGAGGAGGGAGAGCAGCUCACCAACACACACGGCCACCUCCCCAACCAGCAAGGUGGGAGGUCAUCUGGACUGUCGGAGCUACACACCUGAGAGGGAUAAGCCCCGCCCCUUUAGAGUGUCCGACCAGAAUAAACCACACCCCUUUACGAGUGUGACCAAUCAAGAGACUGACUACACCGUGUCCGAGUGUGAUAAUAAACCAAUCCCCUUUACUGGCGUGUCCAAUCAGGAUAGUGAAUACGAUAUUCCAGAAUGUGACAAGCCCCACCCCUUUGAUGAAUCAUCCCAGGAUAAGCCACACCCCCUCUCUGACUUUCAGGAUCUCAGCGCUUCGUUCCGCAGUCUCUACAAGUCUGUAUUCGAGCAAGGUUUGACAAAUCUCUCGUCCGAGCGUGCCACCUGUUCUUACCAACACACACCAUCUCCCACGGCCGUCACACAACCCCAGAGCACCGACACACACACACCCACACACACACUCCCACACACGCCCACACACACACUCCCACACACGCCCACACACACACUCCCACACACACUUCAGCUCCAGACAGCAAGCACCUCACCACACACACUCCACACACACUUACCGCACACACACCAAAACACACUCCAAUCACAGCUGAACCAGCACCCGUCACACACACCAUACACCGUGCAACACACCACACACACACAGCUCCCAAACAUACACACACACACCGCCCACAGCCAAUACCCUGGGUCACACAGCUCAUACACGCAGCAGAACACACACACGUCACACACACACACACAGCACCCUGCCUCACACACGUCACACACACACACUCACUCACAACACGCCAACAAUCACAACACACACACGCAACAACACCCAAAUCACAACACACACACGCAAAACACAAACUCCCACAACACACGCACUCAACAGCCAAGUCCGCACACACAACAGCCGAACAAUCAUCACAACACACACUCACCACACACAAGCCAACACAACACACACACCUCCACACACAGCACCCACACGGCCUCACACACACACACGGCCCUCUCCUCAGCACACCCCUCCUACUCCCAGGCGGCGGGGCAGCAGAGUACCCAGAAUGCACCUCUCUCUUCCCAGAAUGCACCUCUCUCUUCCCAGAGGCCCCCUCUGCCUCCACAGCAGCAGCAGCAGCAGCAGCAGCAGGUGGCCUUCGCAGGCCCCUCGUCCGACUGGUUUCCUGAUCUGGACGCGUUGAAGGAGAGCUGUAAGAUCGCCAGCAGCUUCAACUGGGCCGACGUAGACCUCUCACCCUUCCAAGGUCUGAAGGAGAGCAUGCGCCAGGCUGAGCAGUGUAACUGGGAUCUGGAGCCGACCCAGAUAGCCGACCUCUGCUCCUCUAUCAACCAGUUCCUCUCCAGCACCGGGGUCAUACCCAAACACACACCACACACCAUGGGCACAGGUAGUGUGUAUGGUGAUGGCCAGGGAAUGUCGUGUCUGCUGAGACCUCAAGGCUUCUCUCACAUGCCGUCAAUGGGCACCGCCAACAACAUGACAGGCCAGCAGCAGCAGCAGCAGCAGCAGCGCAUGAUGUCGGGCAACAGCUUCUCUCUGCGACGCCCGCCAGCUGACGACAUCCAGGACGAUUUCGAUUGGGACUCCAUCGUCUAGAGGCGGGACAAAAAGGGGCUACGCCUCACCUCAUUGGCCCAUGGCCCCUGGUUGAUGACAUCCAGGACGAGUUUUGAUUGGAACUGUAGUCAAGAGGCGGGACUAAAGGAGUGCCAGCCCUCACAGGAUUGGAUGACUAUAGUUUAGAGGGCUACCUACGCCUCACCUGGUUGGAGGACUUGGGACUCGAUCCCUCCACGGGGGAGGGACUAAGAUGGCUAGCCAUCACCGGAUUGGACAAUUAUGAUUGGGACUCCAGAGUCUAUGGUGCGGGGGCCAGGGCAGAUUGGCUGGCCAACCAGAGUGCUUAUAGGGGCUCAUUGUGCAUUCACAUGCUCUCGGAAGUGGAUAUUAUCCAGUUGCCAAGUGGUGUUUACUAGCGCAUUGCCUUCAGGUGCUUUUGGUUGUUGUUUAUAAAUUAAAGAUGGCGGACCAGAUUGAGACUCCGCCUGUUUUUGUUUUUUGUUUUUUUUAGCUAAAACGAUUCUAGACUGUGUUGUUCAUCAGUUACAGCAGGAAAGUGGGUCAAAAGGUAAAACUGCUGAAUAUUACCAUGACAACUGUCUUAACAUAUUGAAUACCAGUUUUGGAGUAUUUAAACUUAGCGGUUGCCAUGGUGAGAGUAGAGCCAGCUGUUGUGUACGUCAUCAUCUCGUCAACUCGUGUAAUCUUUCUACGAGUUGUCCAAUGGAAAAUACCAGAAGGUGUGGCGCCACGUUCAUGUGCGCCUCCCAUGUUGGUGUUUGGUAUUUAAAAUCCUUACGAGACCACAUGAAUUCACAGUAACUCCCGCCCCCUGCUAUAGAGCAGCAGCCAAUGAUGCGCUAGCAGAGCCAUGAAGUCCCGCCCACAGUGACUGU